ACUAUAACACUGGUCUGUGGCUAUCAAUAAAUGUGCAUUGGCCUUGAUGUCAUCUCAGCAAAAUCCACUGACUCACCAUCUCUGAUGCCACGACAGUGGUUGUCACUCACUUACGUGCUCACCUAACCUGCGCUGUUGAUAGACGCUUCCUUGACAAAACACAUUCAAAAGUUAAAAAGCCGACCAAAAUAACAGAAGCAGCUCAUCCGGAGGUCCUGGUUCGAGGAUGUGGACGACCACUAUAGCGAGAUGCACCCUGCCGAGCAUGCUCAAGCGAAGCUCCGUUUUGGCCUGCCAUGCCUUGAGGGCCGAGGGUAGGCCUAGAUGGGCAGUUGCCACAGCUGCCCCCUCUCCAUCUCCUUCUCUUCACCUGAUCUGGAGGCAGCUCCGUGGGUAUGGGACCCAGGCACCCACCCCGCUCCCCUCCACUGCUCUGGAGAACAGCCCUGGGGUGAGGCAGGUCCGUGCCCUGGAGCAGGAAAGGCAACUGGAGGUGGAGUGGGAGGACAGCAGGCAAAGCAUGUACCCGUACACAUGGCUGAGGGACAACUGUCAAUGCCCGCUGUGUACCCUGCAGUCAGCCCAGGCCCGCAGCCUGCUGCUCUCCCAACUGGACAUCCACACUGGGGUCGACCGGGUCCAAGUCACUGACAACAACAAGGUGUCCAUAGUGUGGCCGGACCAGCACACCAGCGAGUUUGACCCAGAAUGGCUGAGGAAACGGUGCUUCUCUCCUGCUGCCAGACAAGCUCUACAAGAGGAGCUCUUCCUCAACAAGCGUAUGUACUGGGACUCAGAGCUACAGAUCCCCACGGCCAACUUCGAGGAGGUCCUCUACGAUGACAAGGCCGCCCUGGCCUGGCUGCUGGCUCUUCGCCACGUGGGAAUCAUCUACCUGAAGGGGGCGCCGGUGGAGCAGGGUCAGGUGGCCCGCCUCAGCCAGAGGAUCGGAUACCUAAGACUGACGUUCUAUGGGCACACAUGGCAGGUGCAGGACAAAUCCCAGGCUAACAACGUGGCCUACACAGCUGGCAAACUCAGUCUCCACACUGACUAUCCAGCACUGCACUAUCCACCUGGAGUGCAGUUCCUGCAUUGCCUGAGCCAGGCUGGUGAGGGUGGGGAGAGUGAAGUGGUGGACGGCUUCCACAUGGCAGAAAAACUGAGAAGAGAAGACCCAGAGGCUUUCAGGACCCUCACCUCCCUGCAGGUGGACUUCACCGACACUGGGUCCGACUACUGUGACUUCAUGGUGCAGUCCAAGAACCACAUCAUAGAUGUUGACAGUGAUGGGCGGGUGGUACGGAUCAACUACAACAAUGCCACCAGGGACUCUGUGCUGGACCUCCCCCUGCACCAGGUCCAGGCCUUCUACAGCUCCCUCAAGGCCUACAUCCAGCUGAUGACGCGACCAGAAAACAUGCUCACCUACAAGAUGGAGCCUGGCGACCUGGUCACCUUUGACAACUGGCGCCUGCUCCAUGGGCGGAAGAGCUAUCUGAGCCACCCAGACCGGGUGAGACACCUGGAGGGAGCCUACCUGGACUGGGACGAAGUCAUGUCUCGCCUGCGAAUACUCUGCAAGUCUGUCAAUGGAGAGAGCUAGACCCACCAAGCCCCCAGAGUGAAGCCUCCUCCAACUAUAUAGAACAGCAUCGAUCUAGAGCAGGGCUCUCCAACCCUGUUCCGGGAGAGUUACUGUACUGUAGGUUUUCACUCCAACCCUAAUCUAGUGCACCUGAUUCUAAUAAUUAGUUGGGGUUGGAAUUAAAACCUACAGGAGGGUAUCUCUCCAGGAACAGGGUUGGAGAGUCCUGAUCUACAGGAUUUCUGAGCGUGGAAAAGAGGCUAAUAUUCUAGUAGGCUACGGCUACCCCUGUGUGGGUCAAGAUGGCUGCCAGUCUUUUGAACAGAGUGACAAAUGGGCAAAGUGCAAGAAGAUGGGGAAAUAUGAGGGAAAAGGGUUUAGCACUUCCGUAAAUGAAUAACACUCCUCUUCAUAAGUGCUAACAGAGGCAUAGAAACUGUAUAUGAGUAGCAUACAUAUGAAAAAUCUGUAAUUUACUGUAUGAAGCAGGUAGACUAUAAUGCCUUUGCUCCUAGGGUUAUGAAAGCGAAAAUAUUUUCACUAUCUUUCGCUUUGCUCUAAUCUAUUUUUCUAUUGGCCUGUGUUCUGCUGGUCAAAAUUUGGUAGCACUUUACUAAAUCUACUUCUCAAUGUCUUAAGUUAGUGACAUUUUCUACCUCUGUCACAAUAUAGUGUCUAGUUCAGUUCCAGCCAUCUAAUCUUAAGAAAAGAGUGUAUAGCAAUAGUAUUAGCCCCCCAAAUCAAUACGUUUUUAAUAACUCUCUAUACGUAAAAUGUAUGCACACGCAAAGUUCACUCCCUAAAUGGCAUAGAUUAUUUACAUUGUUUUGUCAAUGAAUAGAUCUGCCAUUUGUCUUCAAUGGAGGACAACUUGUCCUCUACAGUACAUGUGCAUGUUGAAAGCCACAAAUAUUGUGCAACUUGGCAUUGUUCCAGUAGCAACAAAUAUCUGUUAUUGUUUGUUACAAUCAUAGGUGUCAAUUGUCUAUUCUAUAUUACAUAUGUAGUUCAUGCUAACAGCGCUCAUUGUAAUAAUUUGUGGUGAUGUGUUAAUUUAAAAAAAAGGGUACUGCAUUAAAUCUUCACAAAUGUUACUCUAGAUUUCAUUCUUGAUAUGUUUUCCAAAUAUAUGUAUGCACAUUGGAUGUGCUACAUAAUAUGUGUUCAUCCAAAGUGUGACAUAAUGACUUGAGACAAAAUGGAGGGCUUUAGUUUUGACAACUUUUAUUUUGAUAUUGCCAAAGCUGUACAUGUUCUAUAAAUACUUUUUUUCACACCCAUUUCAAUUAUUCCAUCACUUUCACCACAGCAGCAGGCUAGCUACCACAAUAAUAGGGUUGGUUGGUUUCAAAUACUCCCGUUUCUUAAGGUUCUCAUAUGUAACUAGUCUAAGAAACUAUACCUAGUCUUCAAACUGUUUUGAGACCCUCAUAUUUACACCAGUGUUUUUAUUGUCAAUAAUGAAAUGUCUUAAAUAAUUGCCUCAUGGAAUUUGUAACUAUGUUCCUUACACAAGCAUUUCCUCUCUAAAAAAUAAAAGCCACUUAAACAUUAAAAA